ACACGACUUGGACGGAAGUGGCACAUUUGAAAACUGCCAGUUGAAGUCGAGCCUCUCUCGGUUCUGCUCAGUGAAAGGAAGUUAAUGACAGCGGAAUCACGAUGGAGGAAGAGGAGCUGACGUAUGACAGAAAGCAGCCGCUUGCCAUGCUUUAUGAAAAGCUGAACAAAAUUAAAAAGUACCUGCAUGAAGAUGACACGGACAAUAUCAAUCAGGUCAUCGGCUCCAACUCCCCUGAGUCAUGUCUCUCAUAUUUGAUGGACCUGGAGAAGAAAGGGGACCUUCACUCGAAUGAAAACCAUCUCACUCGACUCGUUGACUUUUAUACCAGAGUAUUUUCCAAUAUGCCGCUGGGGAAACACUGUCAGAAUGAGAGCUAUGCCAGGAUGUUGGUCAGAUUUGCAGAGCUAAAAGCGAUUCAAGAUGUCAGUGAUGCAGAAGCCAACUUCAAUGUAGCAAGAUCUCAAAGUCAGAACUUUGCAUUUGUUCACAUUGCUCAUGCAAACUUUGAGCAUUCUCAAGGCAACACAAAGAGAGGCAUUUACAUACUGCAGAAUGCUAUUGAAGUGGGUGCCAAACCAAAGGAACUGCUGGAGGCUCUCUUGCAAAGUUUGCAGACCGGCAAAACACAAGUGUUGUGUUCGGAGGAGAAGGAAAAUGUACCACGCUCAGAAUUCCAAAAAGUGAGCAGAAUAUCAGACGGGACAGGUGACUUGCAGCUCUCCAGUAUUUUUGGUUCAGGACCUGAGUUUCUUGGAGGAUCAUCAGAUGAACAACUACCAGGCUGGAGAUCUGGGUAUCAGCACAAGAGAGCAGUUGGCAUACCAGGGAGAGUUCCUGUGGUACCAUUCUCUAUCCCAGAAAAUGAUGACUGUGAUGAUGACUAUAUAUGUGGGAAACCCUCAAAGAGAAGUGAUGCAUCAAUCCCCACUAGUUUGUCCAGGCAAACAUCUGGUUCUAAGAUGAGCUCAGUGUUUGGGCUGUCAUCCUCAAAGAGAAAUGCUGUUGAUGGAGAUAUUGUCAAUCAUCAACCACCAGCUGUCAGUCCAGAACAUUGCCCAUGGGAGGCUGUGGACUCUACCACCUCACUCCUUCACCCACACGACACACAGGACACCUCGAGAAUGGAAGAUGUAACUUACAGUUUUGACCAAGUCGUGAAAACAAAUAACCCUGAGUCGUGUUGGACAUAUCUGAUGAAUCUCGAGAAAAGGGGGAACCCACACACAGACAUCAGCCUCCUCAACAAACUCAAGGACUGUUAUUCUAAAGUCUUCUCCAGGCUGCCGAUCAGACAAUACAGCAAAAACGCCUGCUACGCCAGAAUACUGGUCAGAUAUGCAGAACUAAAGGGGAUUGAAGACCCAGAUGAAGCACAGGACCACUUCAUAGUUGCGAGAUCCAACUGCAAAGGCUUUGCCUUUGUCCAUAUAGCACAUGCCCAGUUUGAAGUCUCUCAAGGUAAUGUGAUCAAAGCAUCCUCAAUUCUGCAUAAAGCCCAGGCGUUGAAUGCCAGACCCGCUGAGCUCCUGCAGGUGGCCAUACGUAAACUUAAAGCUGGGGAGAAACAGCUGGUGUCCACCAAGGAGGAGGACCAACUCACAGAUUUGCAAACAGUUGUUCCAGUAAGCAUUUCUACUCAUGGCGGAAACCAGGAGCUUCAUCUUCCUGCUCGGGUCCCUGUGAACCGCUCAGUUGAAUGGGCUAAACCUGCCAGCAAAGAGCCCUUAUCAGAGUGGAAGCUGCCAACUCUCAUCAACCGGCAUGUUUCUCCAGAGGAUAAACGUACAACCCCACCUGACCCGAGACCUGUUCCUCGAGUGCUGGAGUCGUUUCCCACUCCAUCCCUCCAGCUUCCAACUCGACUGAACCCACAGACAGUCUGCCAGACACCGAACAGCUACAGAAACCCCCCUGCUAGCAGCUUUAUCACUCCUGUGGUAAAGAGAGGUCCUGAGGUGUUCUCCUCUGCAGCAGCAGCACACAGAGCUGGACCUGUUCAGCAGCCAUGCACACCUCUAAACCAGACAACCUGUUUCCAAACUCCACAGGCUUCCUUUCCUGCACUGUCAAAUGAAACCAUUACCAUAAAGGACAAACAGUUCUUCAUCCUCAAGAUGAUUGGACGUGGUGGAUCAAGCAAGGUGUACCAGGUCCUCGAUCACAAGAAGCAGCUGUUUGCUGUAAAAUAUGUCGACCUCGAGGAGGCUGAUGCUCAGACUAUAGAGAGUUAUAAGAAUGAGAUUCAACAUCUGAACCACUUGCAGCAGUACAGUGAUCAAAUUAUAAAGCUCUAUGACUAUGAAAUGAGCAACAGCUACAUCUACAUGCUGAUGGAGUGUGGAAACUUGGAUCUGAACACGUGGUUACGAAACCGCAAGACUGUGAAUCCCCUGGAGAGGAAGUUUUAUUGGAAGAAUAUGCUGGAGGCCGUCCAUACUAUCCAUAAACAUGGAAUAGUCCACAGUGACUUGAAACCAGCCAACUUUGUCAUAGUGAAUGCUUCACUGAAGCUGAUUGACUUUGGCAUCGCAAACAGGAUCCAGCCUGAUGUAACGAGCAUCAUGAAGGAUUCACAAGUAGGCACCUUGAACUAUAUGCCUCCUGAAGCCAUUAAAGACACGUCAUCCCAGUCAGGAAAAGCACGCUCAAAGAUCAGCCCCAAAGGUGACGUGUGGUCCCUCGGAUGCAUCCUGUACUGUAUGACUUAUGGGAAGACUCCAUUCCAAAGCAUCACCAAUCAGAUUACCAAGCUGCACGCCAUCAUUGAUCCUUCCCAUAAGAUCGAGUUCCCUGACAUCUCAGAGAAGGAUUUGCUGGAUGUGCUGAAGAGGUGCUUGGUACGAAAUCCGAGAGAACGAAUCUCAAUUGCAGAGCUGUUGGAGCAUCCAUACCUGCAGCUGAAGCCACAAGCAUCAUCCGAAUCAGAAGGUCCCUGUAACAGUGAUCUGAAGAAGAUCCUAACAGACCUUGCAGCCCUCCAGUCUCCAAACAGCAUCAUACGAGCUGCAAACAAUUUGGCCAAGAUGUGCAGCAGUGGCAGAAGGUUGGAUGUUGCAGAGUGUGCAAAGUCAACAACCUAAUCAUCCUGGAAAAUAAGAUGUGGAUAUUAACAUAGACACUUGAAUUAUUUUUUGUUUACCCCGAACUACUGUAUAUACUUUAUUCUUUUGUAGGAUUAGACUAAUCCAUAUUUGUAUGUUUCCAAAAUAUAUAGCUUCAUUUUUAUUUUUUCCAUUUUUAUGUAUGUUCCCUGACAAUAAAUGUCAGCAUGCAGCAGACAGUAGAUAAACAUAUUGUAACCUUCAGAGUUGUUGGUUUAUUUGUCUCAGCUGAUGUAAGGGGUGGGUACUGACAACAUGUCAUGCAAUCAGAAAAUGUGGGACAGACCUGGAUAUGUUCAAUUGAUCAAAAAUAUACCCUGAAUCGAA